UGUGUGUGUGUAUGAGUCUGGAGGAGACUGAGUGGGGUGAGGGGAUUGUGCUCCGUAGGGUGACCCCCCCCCUCCCGGAAAUCCAUCCUGCGGCAGAGUGCGGCUCGGCUGAUUGGAUGGCGGGGCCUGAUUGAAAGCCACUCGCAGCCACUGGGGCCUCUAGCAGCCAGAGUCCCUCCUCCUCCCCCGCAAAGCAGCACAGAACAGUGUUUGAGUCCAUGUGGAGCCCGCAGCUCUCCCUCUGCCAGAGCUCAGAUGCCUGUACUGCUGUGAACUGGAAGAGCAUUAGGUAUGGAGAACCUGAUGGCCGGCUCAUCCCUACCCCCACUGUUUGCAGAUGAUGAUGGCUCAAAGGAGAGCAGUGAUAUGCCCACAACUGGGUUAGCCCACUCUGAGGGGUCAUACAGUGGAGGAGCUUCGCAGUCUGUGAACAACCCAGACUUUGUGGAGGACUUGUCACAAGUUCAGUUGCUGCAAAAUGAGUCUUCUAAUACAGCUGAAAGCAGCGAGCAGAGACUUGAAGAAGAGCAAAGAACUAAACGAGGAGGCUGGUCCAAAGGGAGAAAGAGGAAGAAACCCCUUAGGGACAGCAAUGCCCCGAAAUCCCCCCUCACAGGGUAUGUGCGAUUCAUGAAUGAGCGUAGGGAACAGCUUCGAGCGAAGAUGCCUGAAGUCCCUUUCCCAGAGAUCACCAGGAUGCUGGGCAAUGAGUGGAGUAAGCUGCCUCCUGAGGAGAAACGGCGCUACCUUGAUGAAGCAGACAGAGAUAAGGAACGGUACAUGCGGGAACUGGAGCAGUACCAGAAGACAGAGGCCUACAAAGUCUUUAGCAGGAAAGCACAGGACAGGCAGAAAGGCAAAUCACAUCGGCAAGAUGGAACGCGACAGACUGCCCAUGACCAUGAGAAAGAAGCAGACACGAAGCAGAGGUCUGUUUUUGAUAUCCCAAUCUUCACAGAAGAGUUCCUGAAUCACAGCAAAGCACGGGAAGCAGAGCUGCGCCAGCUGCGUAAAUCCAACAUGGAGUUUGAGGAGAGGAAUGCUGCCCUGCAGAAGCACGUGGAGAGUAUGCGCACUGCUGUGGAGAAGUUGGAGGUGGAUGUGAUCCAGGAGCGCAGCCGGAACACAGUGCUGCAGCAGCAUCUGGAGACCUUACGGCAAGCACUCACCAGCAGCUUUGCCGGAGUCCCACUACCAGGCAGUGGGGAGACCCCCACAAUGGACACCAUUGACUCGUACAUGAACAGACUGCACAGUAUUAUUCUGGCUAACCCACAGGAGAAUGAGAAUCUCAUAGCCACAGUCCGAGAGGUUGUAAACCGGCUUGAUCGCUAGUGACUUGGGUCUCCUGGCCUAGGGGUGUCUUACAAAAGUGAUUCAGCCAGUGAGGAAUGAAAAGCCAUGGUGGAAACAGACUGGAGGUGGGAGGCAGGACUUCAGGAUCUGUCCUGGUCCCUGCCUAAGCAGCUUGCCUAUGGGGCAAACUGUUUAAUGAAUUAAAAGCUCCUAUGAAGCCACAGGCACCAGCCACUGAACAUUUGAACUGUCCUCCAUGUAAAGCUUUCAGAGCAUGUGACUACUGUACAAUCAUCAGUUUUCCAUCAUUUCAGCUGGGUGGGGAGAUACCCAUACACUCUGUGGACUGGACAACAAUGGAGGUGAAUCUGCUUCCAGUCUGUAUAGUGGAGGCAGCCUUCGUGUUGUGGUAAUAGAGCUUUGAAAUGUUAUGUUGCUUUGUAUCUCUUCAUCCUUUCUGUGGGGUUUCCUUCUCCCUUUCCAGUUCUCCUUUUGUCCUUUUCUUGUUAGUUGAUGUUUGCUGCAAUGUAUAGCAACACCUGUAUUCUUUGCUAUGAUAGACACAGCCUUCUUUACUACCCCGCCUGUGGUGUCUUCAGUGCAAGCUUCUCUUUUUUGUGCUAGGUUGCAUCUCGUACAACGAGGUUCCUUCCUGCUGGUAUUGGCUGUGGCUGGCGCUUCAUGACUGAGUGGCGCCGAAGGAAGGGCUCUCUCUUUUCCCCCUCCCAGCUACUCUUUCCAAGCAUCUCUGCUGCACAUAUACAGUGUCCUGCUUCUCAGCAAGAUUCCGCUGUUCCUAUCUAUUGAAAAUGUCUGGUGCAGCAUUUUACUGCUGAAAAGGUCAGCGGUAAUCAAGAGAGAAAGUGAAAGGCUGGCUUCUCUCAGCCAGCAGGAAAAGUGCAAAACUUUAUUUUAGAAUAAAAUAAAACACGUCGCUUUUCUGUCCUCUGAUAUGUUGCUUUGUCUAAUAUGAUGUGAGCUGCAGCCUGCUUGAGCGAAUUAUAUUAUGUUCCAAGUCGUCUCUCCACCACAAAGGGAAACAGGCAGGGGAAUUACAUUUCCCUCUGUCCAUCUGCUGUUGUAGCGCUAAGGAACCAUUUUUAUAAAAGGGGCCUGCAAUGAAGUGCAACCGCAGAGAGCAGCUUUAGCAGAGGUGAGCAAAUUGUGGCGCAUAGAAUUCCGCAGUGCAGCCCAUGGCUACCCUCACCUUUAAUACAAAAGUGCAUCUUCUGGAGACUACUGCUUCCUGCAUGGGAUGUUCCAGCUUGAUCUGAGUGGCCUUUCACUCAUGGCCAGUGUCUUUUUGUGUGCUAAGCUCUGUAGUUUCUCUGAAUUGCACCUCACCUGCUUGUCAAAGAUGAAGACGUCUACAGUCUGCACCGUCUUAUGCAAAUUAUUUGCAGCCCUUGGGCUCCUGUCAGAUUAUUAGUUCAGGCUUCAGUUGAGAACUUCUUGAAUACCCUUGGGCUUUACUAUGAUGGGCCAAACAUGCUCUCCAUUCUACAUGCCACCUUCCUACUCCUCCUUCAGAAAAUCUUGGGACUUUUCCUAUCAUGAACUGGGAAUGCUUGUAUUACCUUGCCAUGCUGAUGCAAGCAAGAACAGUUUCAGAGAUCUGCAAUGUAAGCAUCUGCAAUUUUAUAUUUGAAGAUUAAAAGGUAGUUCCUCCUUUUCCACUCUUUAGUGCAUGCUGCACAGAUUUCACACUUGCUUGAAGCCAUCUCCAAGUCAAAGCCCUCUGUGACAGGGGCUCACUCACCCCAUGCCUUGCAGUUGGUACCUUCACUGAAGCCAAACAGCAAGGAUUUGUGUGUAAGCUUGAGUCUUCCUUCACAGAGGGACUCGUUUUUGUUUUCUCUCUCAUCAUUUUUCAAGACUUCACCCACAAGAGCUGCAACUUGGGGCAUUGGCUUUCUUUUUCCUUAACAUAGGCAAAACCUAAGUUCCUAUAAUCUGUGCAACCUCACAACAUCCUAUUUAGCGCUGUGCAGGCGCUUGGGGAACCCUCCUUGGGGACCUGCCGCAGCCAGGGCGGCCCAGGCCCAGGGACAACCAGAUCAGGCUCAGCCACGGGUGGGGCGUCGCAGCUGGGCCUGGACCCAGGAGCUGCCGCGGCAGGGAGAGGCGCCUCCCUGCCCCCCCCCAGCCCAGGUGCUGCUGCAGGCGGGAGAGAGCGGGGGGGAGUCCUCUCUCCCCACCGUAGCCCAGGAGCACCCUCCUGCACCCCAAACCUAUCAUCCUUAGCCCCACCCUAGAGCCCACACCCCCAGCCAGAGCCCACACACCCUGCACCCAAUCCUCUGCCCCUGCCCUGAGCUCCUCAUCCCCGGCCCCAUCCGAGAACCUGCACCCCCAGCUGGAUCCCUCACCCCCUGCACCCAACCCUCUGCCCCAGCCCUGAGCCCCCUCCCAUGCUCUGAACCCCUCGGUCCCACCCCCACCACAUGAAUUUUGUUAUGUGCACCAGUAUGAAAGUGAUUCAUUCUGCACAUGGGUGGGAAAAAUUAGAGGGAACACUGGGCAAGACCAGCAGAUGUUAGCAUGAACUAGUUCUGAAUUCUGUAGUGAACAAGUUGUGGGAGAACAUCCUGUAGAUAAAUAGCAUUUCAGGAAAAAGCACCUCCAUCUCACACCGUUUAGUAAUUGUGGCAAUUGACUGCUGUAUUGAAGUGGGAGUAGCCUAAGUGCAGUCCACAGCCAAAACCUGGGCCCACAGAGUUCUAACAAAUCAGUCAGUGGUAACUCUUAUCUUUAAUACAGAGAUACACCCCCUGGAGAUGCGAGGGCUUGAUCUACUUUGUGUCCAUAUUUAAGGUGUGGAUGGCUGCAAACUGCCCUGUCUUACACAAAUCAGAUGUAGCCUCAGCUCCUGGCACAUUGCCAACAUAUCUCUGUGUUGGGCAAAGCAUGCCUGUUCUUGGAUAGGAGAGUCAAGCGGGAACUUACCCUUAGCUGCAUGCCGACUGACCAGUCUUUCCCUUUUCCCCAACACAGAGGAAGAGAGAUGUGAUGACAUGGCUCAUUUUGAAGCAGCUGGGAUGGGGGGGUAUGAUGUGAGUCCUUGCUCUCCAACAAUAUUACAGAUGAUGUUUUGUCUCAUUAAGAAGCUUCGUAUCUGCACUGAUUUAUCCAAUGAAAAAUGAAUUUUGCCUUUUCAGUGUUUUUCAUGAGUGUCACUUCAGUUUACAUUUUUCAGUGUGUUGGCUGACAAAAAAAAUUAAGUGGGUGGUGAGGGGAGGAGCAGGGUCAGACAUUUUCUUUGCUCUGAGAAAUGUUAACAAAAACAUAUUAAAAUGGAGUCCAUUUGCUGGAUUAAUGUGUUUGGAAUUGUUGAAAUGCCAAGUUUUCUGUACAAGUGUUUUUGCAAUUAAACUUUUAGACUUUCUUUGUUUAAGAAGAUGAUAUGCUUGCUUGACAUUUGCUUCAUUAAAACUGUUCAACAUUGAA